AUUGACAUGAGUUUGUGGUCUGCGCAUGCGCGUAGCGCCCGCGGAAAUUCAAACGCUAGAACUCAGCUGACAGACGUUUGAAAAAUCCACAAACUCUGACACGGUUAUUUGUACUGAGGUGAUAAGAUGGAAAAUCAGAAGAGACAGAGAGAUCCACUGGAGGAAAACACUUCAGCCUCUAGUGAACUUGAAAAUGUGUUAAAGAAAAGGCGGCUGGCAGCAGAGGGAGAGGAGAACCUGGACCCCAAGAAAUCUCCUGCCAGGACACGCUUGCGAUUGGCAGAGCUGGAGGUGAAACCAGACACUCCAGCCAUAGCCUCCAUUCGCUCCAGAGUCCAGCAGCUCAGCCAGAGGCGAGAUGGUGGGACUGGAUUAGUCCAGCGCUGUCUGUCUGACCCCGGGUCUGAGGGUUGCACUAGCAACAUAUCCUCACCAGUUUGUCACAUCGGUGAGGGAGAGUUUAGCUCCCGCCUGCAGCGCUUCAAAGCUCCGACACCACUGAACAGCCCCGGUCGCUCCACCCCUUGCACACGCAAUCUCUCCAGCUUUGUGCAUGGCAUCCAACAGCAGCUGAAUGCUGCAGUAACACCCAGCACUAAAGAGGCCUCUCGUAUCCGCCAGGCACGUGAAGAUGAGUUGCGUAAAUUGAAGGUUCAGCCAGUGGCAGAAAACGUGUGGUUGAAGAGAAGUCUGUCUGACUCCUCCCUCGCUGAGAGGGCAUCUCCAUCCACAUCCUCUCCCUGGGUUUACAGGAAAAAUCGAAAACCCCAGUGGCCUCCAUUACAGCCUGGGAGUGAUGAACUAAAGGACACUGAAUUCAGCCCAUGUGAGGUUGACAGUAAGGUGUUUGAUGGAAGUCUGAACACCACACCACCAUGUUCUGUGGACAUCCGUUUUCCCAAUGAAGAACUUUAUACAUCUACAGAACCUGUGUCUCUGAGCACUUCCGCUUUAAUUGACAAGAUGUUUGAAGACGUCCUGCAGCAUGCAGACAAGGAAGUUGAAGGUGAAGAUGAAAAUAAGGAAGAGGAGAUGGAGAAAGAUGAAAGCUAUUCAUCAGACACUGGAAAAGAAGACAAAACCGAAUCGAAUACAGCUGAAAAGGAAAACAAACAGGAACCAGUCACACUGAAUGAGGAUCCUCUUGAGCAGAGUGAGAUGUGUGAAGAGAGUGAAGAAACGCCUGAUGCUAGGUCUGCAACAGAUAAAGAGAAGGAGCUCCAGUCUGAUGAUGGUGAAGGAGAAACGGAGGAAAAGCAGGAGAGCACCAUGGGUGAUGAGGAUUUCCUGACCCUGCCUCCUAGUUGUAUCCUCUCUCCUCUCAGCAAAUCUGUGGAGGCUGUUGUCACACCACUGAAGAUUGAAAUCACUGUGCCUGAGCCAUCAGUCCAACCGCCCUCACCUGAAGAAAUGACAGCUAGUCCUGCUGACAAUGUUCCACCUUUAUACAGCAUUGACGCCUACCGCUCACAGAGGAAGAUCCAUCUCCCUUCUACUCAGAGCUUGACCCCUGGAGUUCAGAAACAGGUUCAAGAGAAGACCUGCUCAAAAAAGCCCAUCAACAUCAAGGAGAGAAUUAAGGCUUUAAAUGAGGAGGCAGCCAAGCUGCAGACUAUCAUCGCGCAGACACUCCAGGCUCUGAGCUGCUGCAGUGAUGAGGAACAUGGGAAAGGUUCCCAGCAGGAGGCUGAAGCUGAAAAACUCCUGCUUGUCUCCAGUGAGAAACGGGCAGCCUUACUGGCAGAGGUCAGCAGACUGAGAGAGGGUGAGUCUGGUAAACCAGACUCCCAGAAUGCACCUCUGCAGCCCUGCAGAGGCACAGUCAGCAUCAGCAGCAUCCAGCUGCCCCUCAAGGUGGAAUUUGUAUGCUCUGCUCGCACAGGCCGCCCAACACACUACUUCUUCGUUUUGGUUCGUUAUGGACCAUGUAAUAUUGUAGCAACACCUUUGGCUACAGCUGCUGAUGCCCAAAACGGAGACACCAUCACCUUCCCAACUUCUAUUACACUACAAGACAUUCGGUCCAAUUUUGAGAUUGAUGUUGAGGUCUACAGUUUGUCCAGUACUCAGAGUAAUACCUGCAGUAUAAAUCAGCAGUUCCGCAGCUCAACCAAGUCAAGGGUGACACCCAAAAAGAUUCUCCACAGCAUCACAAAAUCUAACCAGAGUGUGACUUCUGCAACUCUGCCUGGUCUGAGUUCCCAACGCUCUAGUAACUUCACAUUAGUGGGCUCUCACAAGAUUACCCUGAAUUCAUUGGGACAGAGCAAGUUUCCUCUAGACAAGAUGAAAUUUGAAGGCAAAAUCAGGAGACUCCUUGGAGAUGAGUUUCAGGAAAAGGUUCCCUUCCUCUCUCCUCUAGAGGGCCACAUCUAUCUGCGGCUGCACAGCGAGGGCCAUUCUAAUGUCCAGCAUCAGGGAUUUCUGACGAUGUUUGAGGAUGUGAGUGGCUUUGGAGCUUGGCAGAGGUUCUACUUCCUUCUGGAAGGAGGACACCUGCUCUACUGGAACUAUCCUAAUGAAAUGGGAAACAAGCCAGCAGAUGGCAGUCUGUCUCUCUUUGACUUCUGCAGUGUUAGGCCUGUAGAACGAGAGUGCUGUGCACGGCCGCACACCUUUGAAUUAGUAGAGACUAACACCCUCCAGCAAGAACACAGCCAGACCUUGAAGAAGUGCUGGUUUUCAGCUGACACACGAGAGGAGAGGUCUGACUGGAUGGAGAAACUGAAUCAGACCUUGCUGGACUCUCUAACCUGGAACAGGAAGCCAGUCUCCAGCGAUAAUAGGGCCAGCAUGGCCUCUAACACCGGAAACUCUCGUGAGAGCAUCCUGUAACACAACACAAAUGUGAACCCUCACCAUCUAAAACUAAGAAAGGAGAUCUCGAAGAAGAUCACAUGUGGCACUAAAAAAAGUACAUGAAGAGCUUCUGAAAAUAAACUUGGGGGCAGCCAAACAGGACUGUUUCAUAUAAUAGUGGAUCAUAAUCUAUAUAAAUGCAUAUAUGCCUGUUCUACUUCGUUAUUAGAUGCAUACAUAAUAGUGGCAUAUUUGUUAAGAUUCCUGAUAUAUCAUUACAUCUUAUAGAUUGUGCUUAUACUUUAGAAUCUCUUAAGGAUAGAUGGAUUUGCCAUUGCUAUUAAUUUUCAGGGAAGCUAUGUAGUAAGAGCAGUCUGGUUUGAGUGCAUGAGGUAAGUCUCCAAAGUGCCUAUUUGAAUGUUUAUUUAUCUCCUGCCUUAUUCAGACAGUUGCUCAUGAUUGAAUUGCUUUACAUUUUAAUGCAAUAAUCUGUUUCGGGUUAUGCUAAUGUAUGAGGGUGUCCUUAAUUACAUGUUAUAAAGUUUACUGCAUUAGUAGGGAAGCACUACUUGUCUGCCUUCGACUAAAGCUUUUUAUGUUUAUUGCUUUCUCAUUUACUCUGGGAACAAUUUAUGUGACUGUCAUACUGCAGUCUUCAUCUAGAAGGGAGAAUCGUUUUUAUUUGAAUGUACAAUAUAUGAAGUACGUCCUGAAUCGUAUAGCUUAUGAUUUUUUUUUGGGAGGACAGUUUCAUAGUAUGCCUCCUUAUGAUUUGAUUUUGAAGAACACUCAUUGUUUACUACAAAAUGAUUUUGGGAGUACUUGGCCAUGCAUUAUAUCUCGUGAGGUUAGAAGACAAGUCUGGCCAACAUAAACUAAAGCAAUUGAGUUUAUACUCUAAUCUGAUGGUCAUUUGGGGUUCUUGGGUUAGAAUCUGGAAUGUGCAAGUAUAAGAAUAACACUACAGAGCUGUCAGUUUAAAAAAAAACGUAUGAUAAUUCAUGCUUCCGUGGGGAGAGUCAUGUAACAAGCUUAUGACUUCUGCAAGGUUUAUUUGAAGCUUUAGUAGGUUAUAUCUGUCUUGAGAAAGGGUUGCCACUCUAGAGACUGUGAAACUCAUGGGAAGUGUUUCGUGCCAUGUUUGUCCCAUAUAUGUGUUUUUGCCAAGGGUCUCAUAUGCUAUUGCUGUGUUAAACUAUAUAUCCUAAAUAUCCUGGUAAAGGUACUAUAAAAUAAA